CCACUGGAACGGUGCAUGCCGGGACGGUGGGGUUCCGUCUUUGAACAGCCCGGAGGAGUAGCCUUUCCCCGCCUAACUGCCGCUACUCCGCAGUCCAGAUCUUUGAAAGUCAAACCGAAAUUGAGAGAUUAACGAGAAUGGUUCCUUUUUAUUCCUAGCAGAUUUCUUCCGUGACAAAGUAACCGGCAGUCUUCCGUUUCCGGUUGCCGUGUUGCUGUGUUGCCGUGGCAACCGCAGGCACAACAGCCGUGGCGGUUAUGGCGGGCGUGAACGGCGCGCAGAUCCCCGACGGGGAGUUCACCGCGGUCGUGUACCGGCUCAUUCGCGAUGCCCGCUACGCCGAGGCGGUGCAGCUGCUGGGCCGAGAGCAGCAGCGGAGCCCGCGGAGCCGCGCCGGCCUGUCGUUGCUGGGCUACUGCUACUACCGCCUGCAGGAGUUCGGGCUGGCGGCCGAGUGCUAUGAGCAGCUGAGCCAGCUGCACCCGGACCUAGAGCAGUACCGCCUGUACCAGGCCCAGGCCCUGUACAAGGCCUGCCUUUAUCCGGAGGCCAACCGGGUCGCCUUCCUUCUCCUGGAUAACCCCGCCUACCACAGCCGGGUCCUCCGCCUGCAAGCUGCCAUCAAAUACAGCGAGGGCGAUCUGCCAGGGUCCAGGAGCCUGGUGGAGCAGCUGCUGAGUGGGGAAGGGGGAGAAGAUAGUGGGGUCGAGAAUGAGACCGAUGGCCAGGUCAACCUGGGUUGUUUGCUCUACAAGGAGGGACAGUAUGAAGCUGCCUGCUCCAAGUUUUUUGCGGCCUUGCAGGCCUCGGGCUACCAACCUGACCUUUCCUACAACCUGGCUUUGGCUUAUUACAGCAGCCGGCAGUAUGCUGCAGCGCUGAAGCAUAUCGCUGAGAUUAUUGAGCACGGUAUCCGCCAGCACCCUGAGCUAGGUGUGGGCAUGACCACUGAGGGCUUUGAUGUUCGCAGUGUUGGCAACACCUUAGUCCUCCACCAGACUGCUUUGGUGGAAGCCUUCAACCUUAAGGCAGCCAUAGAAUACCAGUUGAGAAACUAUGAGGUAGCCCAAGAAACUCUCACUGACAUGCCACCCAGAGCAGAGGAAGAGUUGGACCCUGUGACUCUGCACAACCAGGCACUAAUGAACAUGGAUGCCAGGCCUACAGAAGGGUUUGAAAAGCUACAGUUUUUGCUCCAACAGAAUCCCUUUCCCCCAGAGACUUUUGGCAACCUGUUGCUGCUCUACUGUAAAUAUGAGUAUUUUGACCUUGCAGCAGAUGUCCUGGCAGAAAAUGCCCAUUUGACUUACAAGUUCCUCACACCCUAUCUCUAUGACUUCUUGGAUGCCAUGAUCACUUGCCAGACAGCUCCUGAAGAGGCUUUCCUUAAGCUUGAUGGGCUAGCAGCAAUGCUGACUGAGCAGCUUCGGAGACUCACCAAGCAAGUACAGGAAGCAAGACACAAUAGAGAUGAUGAAGCUAUCAAAAAGGCAGUGAAUGAAUAUGAUGAAACCCUAGAGAAGUAUAUUCCCGUGUUGAUGGCUCAGGCAAAAAUCUACUGGAACCUUGAAAAUUAUGCAAUGGUGGAGAAGAUCUUUCGCAAAUCUGUGGAAUUCUGUAAUGACCAUGAUGUGUGGAAGCUGAAUGUGGCUCACGUUCUGUUCAUGCAGGAAAACAAAUACAGAGAAGCCAUUGGUUUCUAUGAACCCAUAGUUAAGAAGCAUUUUGAUAACAUCCUGAGUGUCAGUGCUAUCGUACUGGCUAAUCUCUGUGUUUCCUAUAUUAUGACAAGUCAAAAUGAAGAAGCAGAGGAGUUGAUGAGGAAGAUUGAAAAGGAGGAAGAGCAGCUCUCUUAUGAUGACCCAGAUAAAAAAGUGUACCAUCUCUGCAUUGUGAAUUUGGUGAUAGGAACUCUUUAUUGCGCCAAAGGAAACUAUGAGUUUGGUAUUUCUCGAGUUAUCAAAAGUUUGGAGCCUUAUAAUAAAAAACUGGGAACAGAUACCUGGUAUUAUGCCAAAAGAUGCUUCCUGUCUCUGUUAGAAAACAUGUCAAAACACAUAAUAGUCAUUCAUGACAGUGUUAUUCAAGAAUGUGUCCAGUUUCUAGGACACUGUGAACUUCAUGGCACAAACAUACCUGCUGUUAUUGAACAACCCCUGGAAGAAGAAAGAAUGCAUGUUGGGAAGAAUACAGUCACAGAUGAGUCCAGACAAUUGAAAGCUUUAAUUUAUGAGAUUAUAGGAUGGAAUAAGUAGUUCUAGCUGAUAGUGGCUUUUUUCAAAAUGGCUUUCUUAUCUAUCACACUUUUAAAUCUAUACUUAGACUUGGCAUCUUUAUAUUUGUUUUCUUUUGAACUUUAUACACUUUAAAUUAUAAUAAGUAUUAUGUUUGAACAACUUUUUCAUUUAAUUCAGAAGAGUAGGGACUAUGAAGUGUAAGCUGAAUCACUUCUGCUUUCUUCCUACUAGUGACAACCAUCUAGUCUUGCCCUCAAGCUACAGUUGCUAGAGUGACAUCUUUGUAUAAGCAAGUAACCCCAAAUAGAGUUGAUGUUUCAGCUUUGAGCUGUGAAAAGGGUAUGUCAUGAACCAAAGCUCUAUCAGUAUGUGUAUGUUUGCAUUUGGUCACUGGUAUGUAAAUGACUGCUAGCCCAUGGCUGGACCACUUCUCAAUCAGUAAAUAAAGCCAUGUCUAUUUUGCCAUCUCAGGAUAGACUGUGCUAUCUAAAAAAUCUAAUUCUUAACUCUAUUUCUUGAGUUUUUUAGUCCUUUAACUUUCUGGAUCACAACAAAGUUCUACUUUAGACCUUCCCUAAGCCCUUUUUAGAAGUACAAGUAUAAUGGGAAUUUCUUUUUUUGGUUCUUUUCAGGUUAUGAGGUUUGGUCGAUGACUUAUUAUUAUUAUUUGUAAUUUGGUUGAUUGGUUGUUUAAAUUUUAUAACAAACAUUUUCUUCAUUUUCUAUUUUUGAUUUUACAGAAAUGAUUUUGCCUCCUUGUGUAUACUGACAUAUUAAGUGUAGAAGCUUAAUAUUUUAAGUUUUUUUGAAAACUGAAAAUUUUAAUUUUGUACUUUUAAAUUUUAUUAGGAAAAAAUAAGCACUGAAGUGAGAAUGAGAAGACUAAAGUAUGAGUUCCAUACCUUCUAAUUUUAGACUUUCAGAGAUUCCUUUAUUCUUUGGGGUUUCACAAUCAUUUGAACUAUCAGAAACCUUUACAAUUAAUUUUGGCUGUAACAUCUGAUUUAGUAUAAGCCAUAUAGAAAAAAGUUUGCCUUUCUGUUUUUAUGACCUGUAUAUAUAAACAAAUCAGCUAGGAAAUACAUAAUUGUAUUUAAUAUUAAUAUUUGCUAGGAUUUUGGCUUACUGUACAUGUUAACCCCUACAGUAAAUGGUUGUUAUCUUAUUGUUGGAUGUUAUAUUGAUUAUUAAGACAUUUGGAUUUUUGCCUUUUUACUUGGAAUUUUUGCUUACAACUCUAGCUAUGAAUAUAUAUUGGGUGGUCCCCAGUCUCUGCUAUGGUUGUGCAUAAAUUAAUAAUUUUAUAAGUAUUUAAAAAUUGUAUAAUUCUCUUAACCUAUCCUUUUAGAUUUCGUACUAAUGUUUGUUUUUGUUGGGGAAGGGGAGAUUUGCUUCAGUAGUUUUAUUGACAAGCUGUUAAAAUGUGUGUUUUUUCCCCAAUAAUUCUUGAAACAAUUAGACCCUCUCCUGCUUCUAACAUGAAGGCCUUUAGAUGCCAGUCUGCCAGAAAUCUGGAAACAGAGGAACAAGUGAAGUGAAGAUGUAAUGGAGAUUUAGCUACAUGAUGUACUUCACAGUCCACCUUGGAUUCCCAUCAUGUCCAACUCUCAGUAGUUAAUCAAGUGUCUGCUGCUGUUAACAGAACAGAGGUAAUGGAUAAAAGAAUGGAAAUAACAGAUGCCAGAGCUACUUCCGUAACUAACUCACCAAAUCAAAUCAUCAGUCCUUAUACUCUUGUUUUAUUUAAUACCAGGAGAAGAGGCCAUGCAGACUUUUGAAAAAGUCAAAGCCACAUAGAACAGGAAGACAGUCUCUAGUUUACAGCUUUCUCUUUGAGUGUUUUCCCCCCACUGCCUUCAAAGGGUCUGCUUAAGAGAUAGUGGUGUUUACUGCUGCAGAACAUAUCACUAGAUAAGAAAUGAAAAAUCUGCCUUUCAUAACACCCUCUUCUCUUUCCCUUUUUUAUCUUUUCCUUUUUGUCAAGUAUAGGGACACUUUUCUCUGAUAGCUAAAAGUUGAACCUUAACCAGGUAUAAAAGAUGCAUACCGAACCUUUUAGCAGUAAGUGUCAGGUGAGUGAGCACUAUGAUUAUCAAGGUGACUUUGGAAAUCUUUUAAAAAUCCAUUUUUGCAAAACAAGAUAACAUGUAUUGAUAAAAAGUGACUCUCAGAUUGGUAAAGCCAGAAAAACUCUUAAGAGGAAUCACCGAAGGUACUAGAUCUAUAUAAUUUGUUGAAUAGAGUGAACUUUUAAAAAUAUAUUUGUGGUAACCUUCUCUUUUAAACUUUUUGAACUCAAAAGAAAGACUGAAAUUUUAAAAACAUGUAGUAUCUGUAUCAUUUUAAAUUCUGUAACAUUGGGAAUUAAAUAUACUCAACUUCAGAG